AUGGCUUCUGACACCACCAGCACCCUCAACUACUACCUCCCUCCAUCUGACGGCUCUCGCAUUUACCAUAACAUCAACGCAGAUAGCGUCACGGGGAAACUGAUCCGCAACUGGGUCGAGGACCAGCAUGACAUGCACAUUGAGGACGUGCGCGGAAAGGAGGGACUUUACAAGCUUGACAAUGCCGGAUUUCAGUAUGGGCGGGAAGCGGCGAAGCACACCAGCUUCUUGAAUGAUAGCGAGAUUGAGCGCGAAUACUAUCCUGAGAGCAUCGACCUCAUCAAGAGAGUUACGGGAGCAAGCAACAUUGUCAUCUUCGAUCAUACUAUUCGUCGCCGUCGCCCAGGCGAGCCAGCUGAUAGCCCACAUAGGCGUCAACCUGUGGCCAUAGUCCAUGUAGACCAAACGACGAAGUCCUCCAUUGCUCGUGUUCACAGGCAUCUCCCACCAACAGAAGCUCCUUCCCUCCUUCGCAAACGCUUCCAAAUCAUCAAUCUUUGGCGUCCCAUAUCGCACGCAGCUGUAGACUGGCCGCUUGCACUAUGCGAUUUCCGGAGUGUCGAUGUCAAGAAUGACUUGCUGCCUGUCGCUCUCAUAUACCCUGAUCGCGAGGGUGAGACGUUUGGGAUCAAGUACAACCCAAACCACCGGUGGAAAUACAUGACAGCAAUGAUCCCUGAAGAGUUUGUUCUUAUCAAAUGCUUUGACUCAGUGCAAGACGGCAGUGUCGCCAGACUUGCCCCUCACACUGGGUUCCAGGACCCGAACACUCCGGCGGGAACACCGCUUCGGGAGUCGAUCGAGUUGAGAGCUCUUGUAUUCUAUGAUUAG